AGCUUUGUAGGAUUUGAAUCCACAACAAAAUUAGUGAAUUAGUUGUUUUAUUAUAUAGUUUUCGUUCAUAAUCAUUUUUGUACAAAACGUUAUGAUGCCUCACCCCGCCCACAGUUAAUGGGCAAUCCACGUUCGCUCACUCGGCAUGUAGGUCCCAUCCUGUCUGACGAUGAUGCGUUAAAUUUUCUAAAGUCCGAAAGUCUUGUUUACUGACCUUUUUCCGUGCUUUGGCCUCACUCACACGGUAUCGCAAAUCACUUCCCGAUAGGUCACUCAUCCUUUUCACUACUCCAGCUCAAACACGCUUAACUCUGGAGUUCUAAACGGAUGUGUGACGGAAAAAGUAAGUCAACUUUGGUGACAUAGGUAACCAAAUCAAUUCUCUUAAACCUUUCCAUAUAUCACAACUCGAGAUGUUACAAUUAACCCCCUCUCAAAAAACGCAACGUCCUCGUUGCGCCCCAUGACAGGUCUCAAGACGCCUCUCGGAUCAGAACCGAGAUGGCUAACCAGCUCUGAUACCACUUAUAACACCCCACCCCGUCCACAACUAAUGGGCCACCCACACCCGCUCACUCGGCCCGUAGACCCCAUCCCGUCUGACGGUGGUACGUUAAAUUUUCCAUAGUCCAAAAGUCUUGUUUACUGUUUAUGUAAUCACCACUCCGCCUUUCCCCGUGCUGUGGCCUCACUCACACGGUAUCGGAAAUCAGUUCUCGAUAGGUCAUCCAUCAUUUUCACUACUCUAGUCCAAGCACGUGUAACUCUGGAGUUCUAAACGGAUGUGUGACGGAAAGGUAAGUCAACUUUAGUGACAUAAAUAAUCAAAUCAAUUCUCUUAAGCUUUUCCAUAUAUCACAAUUCAGGAUGUUACAAAAGUUUCACUUAAAUUUAUAGUUAUCUAAUCCAAUAAAUAAAAACUGAUUUUAUUACUAAAAAUAUAAAGAUUCUCAAAUCGUUUUUAAGCAAAUUCCUUAGCAAAAGUUAAAGAUUAAUGAUUUGGGUAACAAAAAAAAUCAGAGAUUAAAACAUUUGACCAAUAAAUUUUAAAAAUUUUGGCUGGUAAAAAUAUAUAGUUGAAUAGUUAUUGGCAACUUAGUGAUAAAAAAAAGAAUAGUUUUUUUUUAAAGCAAAAACAAAAGAAUAGUUAUUGGCAACUUUUUUUCGUUUUCCAACACUCUUUCAUUUUAGAACACCCUACGUCUCUAUAUAAACAUCGACUUCGUUAUGCAUUGUUCCUCAAGCACCAAAUCAACUAUAAGUCGUCUAUCCGAGUCCUUAUUCACUAAAACAUGGAUUCAAAUAAGCUUAUUGCCUUUUUGGUUAUCGUCGUUACACUAUUACUGCAUGGUAAUAACUAUACCGUCGUCGAAGCACAACUCAGCCAAGGUUUCUACUCAUCAUCUUGCCCUCUUCUUCUCCCCAUCGUUCGAACUGCUGUUACUUCUGCCGUUGCAUUCGAUCCUAGAAUGGGUGCAUCUCUCCUUCGUCUGUUCUACCUCGACUGCUUCGUCAACGGAUGCGACGCUUCGAUUCUACUAGAUGACACAUCAAGCUUCACGGGAGAACAAAACGCUGCCUCAAACCACAAUUCUGCUCGAGGGUUUAAUGUCAUCGACAACAUCAAAUCAGCGGUUGAGAGAGUAUGCCCUGGGGUCGUGUCUUGUGCUGAUAUCUUAGCCAUCGCAGCUAGAGACUCGGUCGUAACCCUUGGAGGGCCUCGUUGGCGGUUGAAUUUAGGAAGAAGAGAUGCAAGAACGGCGAGUCAAGCGGCAGCGAAUAGUAGCAUUCCAGCGCCGACUUCGAGUCUGAGCCAGCUUAUUACUAGUUUCGCCAACCUUGGAUUCACCGCUAGAGAGAUGGUUGCUCUCUCCGGCGCGCACACGAUCGGGCAAGCCCAGUGCAGAAACUUUCGAACGAGGAUCUACCAAGAAACGAACAUUGACCCCACUUUCGCCGCCACACGCCAGCAAAACUGCCCGAUAACCUCCGGCUCCGGCGACGGAAAUCUAGCUCUACUGGACUCACUUACGCCGUUUGUUUUCGACAACAGUUACUUCAGGAACCUCAUGAGCCAGAGAGGUCUCCUCCAUUUCGACCAAGUGCUUUUCAACGGUGGCUCCACCGACUCCAUCGUCCGUGAGUACAGCCAAAAUGCGAGGGUUUUUCGCAACGAUUUCGCGGCGGCGAUGCUCAAGAUGAGUCAAAUUAGCCCCUUGACUGGUAGUGAUGGUGAGAUCCGGAUGAGCUGCGGGAGGACCAACUGAUUCAAACCUACUCUCCAGUCAUGUUGUUUGCUUUAAUAAAAGUCUAAUAAAACGAGCCAUGAGUUUGUUAUU